ACUGAAUUAAACCUAAAAGAUAAAUUUCUGCCCAGCAACUGAGCGAUAAAAUCGGUGAUUGGAUAAAAAAAGGCGCGGCAAGUUACUUUCACUUUCUACACAGCUGUCAAAAUAAUGUAAAAAAUUAUAUGUAGCUUUAAAAAUAAUGUGCUAUUUUAACUAUUUUCACAUUUGUUGUUUUAAGUGUCAACAUUUGUCCUGACUUAAAUGACAUCUUCAGCCAGACGUCGUUUUUUCGCUCAGUUCUGUAUGAGGUAAAGUCACGUGAUUUCCCGGAAAAUCCAUAUGCGUGUUCGACCGACUGCACGCAGCGCUGCGCAGAACGAACAGCGUAUGACAUCACAGUAAAGCAAAAGCAGCUCGAAAGCACGUUAUGAUUUAUAUUAAACGAGAAACAUGGGCAUGCAUCGUGUAUUUAUUACAACAAUAAUGCAGUAUAAACGCUGAAAUAAUAUGAAAUAUAACUCUGAAAAUUAUCAACUUUUUGUCAUGUUUUAAAAUUACUUCAUGUAGAUUCAGCUAAUAAAAGAGAUUAUGUUUACUAUUUAACAUCAAUAAAUUGGUAUUGUUAACUUUUUGUUAGCUGUCCUAUUUAGAGAAUACUUAAUAGCAUAGUAUAAUUAAUUUAUUACAUAAUACAUUCUUAAAAUGAGGUUAAACUCAAGCCUUGGAAAAAUGUCACUUUUCAACCAAAUUUAGCAUUUUUCUAGACGUCUAUAACAACCCUAAAAAGACGUAUUUUCACACUUAACUUUUCAACCAGAAUUUCACGUCAUUUUGACAUCUGGAGAAGUCAUUUCAACAUCUUUUCAACGAGGUUUUGCUGAGUGGGCUGUGGGCAACAGACAAAAACCCAAUGUUUCAUUAAUUUGGGGAUUAUAAAAGAGCAUGUAGACAUAUAAGCAAUAUCAGAUGUUUUUAUAAGGAGUUUGUAAAUAAAGCUGUAUGCUUUGCAAAUAGUAUAUGAACAUGGAAAUGUUUUUGUUUACUGCUGUUGUUCUUAUCGAAGGUUUACAGUAACCACAGUUUACCUGUGAUAUUUUGUAGUAAAACCAUAGGAAACACACACAUAUGCAUCAUUGUAGACCUUACCAUAGUUUGAACAUGAUGUUGAAGUAAUAUGGUAUUAUUGGUAAUGUCAAUCAAUCUGCCAAAAGACAUGCUACUACUUUUACUAUAAUAAAAUCAUUGUUAAUGUAUGUAAGAGUAAUAAAGGUUAAAGUUACAGUAAUAAAAAGUAAUAAGCCUAAGGGUAAUUUAAUCUAUUACAUAUUUUUUUUUUUUUUUUGAUGCAUUACUGAAUUAAUUGCUGGCAAAGUUGAACAAUUAUACACAACAUAGCAACACCAUAUCCAAAUCUGAAGGUAAGUGUUCAAGGAAAAGAUGUUUGAAAACAUUUGUGAGAAAUUAGCUACAGUCUUUAUUUGAAUAUUUAUAAAACAUGACUAUGAAUUAAACAUGAAAUUGAAUGCACCAGUUACACUUAGAGCACAAAAAUACAAUAGUAUAAAAAUAAUACAUUUUUCAACAAGAACUAAAAGUAAAUAAAGGCCUUAUUUGUUACCUUAGCAACAGUCAUUUUUGAGGAAGUGGGCGGGGUUUGGGAAUUUCCGAGUUGCAGCAACAGAUGGCUACGCACGAGAGCACUAUUGAGUCUUUCGUUAGACAUGCAUGAAACAACAAACAAACCCAGACUAAACUAGACAGUUAGUUAAAGAGCCAUGGCAGGUAAAACAGAACCGUCGAUGUUUCUCUUCAAUGUCCCGCCAAUGCUCAUGAGCGAAUUUUGUAAAUUGAUGGACAGCGGUGUCGAUGGUCUUGGAUGGCGAGAUUUAGCUUCCCGCAUCCUUCCCAGUCUCCUAGAUGUGAGGUGCGCAGACAUGCAUGCGGCUGCAGGGAGGAGUCCAACUCAGGAGCUCAUGUGGUCGUGGGCCCAGCAAAAUAAAACAGUGGGGGAUCUGCUGAAGGUUCUGGAUCAGAUGGGACACCGUCGUGCUAGGAGUCUUUUUCAACCACAAGAUUCGUGUGUGCUGAAGUCAUCUUCACCUCCUCUGUGUCACAAGUUUAUUCCAGACAGUGAAAAAUCCAUGAAACCAUCAGCACUUCAUUCAGAGUCUGUAUAUGUUAAAGGUGAGAAACAGAAGUAUCCGAUCACUUAUUCAGACAUCAUAGAGGGAACAAGAAAUUUUCACCUGCAAAUGAAAAUCGGAGGAGGCGCGUUUGCCGAGGUCUACUGCGGAAAAUGGGAAAACAAAAAUUUUGCGGUAAAAGUUUUCAAACAGGACAAUAAGGCUGCUUGGAAGGCAUUGUGGGAAAAAUUCACCAAAGAGAUCGAAGUCCUACAACUCUACCAGCAUCCUAAUAUCUUGGAGCUAUGGGGCAGCUUUUCACAGGAAGAUCACUUCUGUUUAGUGUAUCCGUACCUACAUAAUGGAUCAUUAUUUCAUAGACUUCAUGAGGAAGUGAAAAUGCCUCUGUCGUGGCAGGAGCGACUUAACAUUAUCAAAGGAACAGCGAGAGCAGUUAACCAUCUACACACGGCACAACCUUGCAUGGUUAUUUGUGGAAAUAUUACAAGUUCAAACAUACUCUUGGAUGAGCACCUGCAGCCCAAAUUAUCAGAUUUUGGAUUGGCUCAUCUGAGACCCCAUACUGUCAACCAGAGCUGCACCAUCGUCAUGGAUACCGCCUCCCGUCGCAACCUCGGCUAUCUCCCUGAGGAGUACAUUCGAGAUGGCAAGCUGUCCGUCAAACUUGACGUUUACAGCCUUGGCAUAGUUAUACUGGAGACGUGUACAGGACAGAAGGUGAUACAGGAGACCCAGUUUUUGAGAGAUGUUGUAACAUCAGAGUUUGAGGAGAAGGGCUGUGUGGAUGCCUGUCUCCGGUUCUUGGAUCCAAAAGUGGAAUAUUGGCCUCCGGCUGUGGCUCUUUCUCUGCUUCGAAUCGGCCUAGAUUGCACAUCGAGCAGAAUGCGAGUUCGGCCCGGCAUGGAUGCUGUUCUUCAGAGGUUAAGCCAACUUCUUCCAAUCCCCGCAUCUCCUGAGGAUCAACCACAUACACUGGAUGAUAGCAUUGCUUUUCAGGGGCCCUACAGCGUCAAUGGUUUUGCUUUCAGCAUGCCUACAGAAGAUGACGAAUCGUACAGUCCCAUAGAGGGACACCAACCUCACGGAGUCAGCAGACCGGCGGCACCCUGUGAAUGCAGCCAGUCCGAGGUGACUUUCCUGAGUGUUGGAGAAAGUUACUCGAAGGAAUCUCUCCUGGAAAAUGACAAAUUGGUGUCAUCAAGUCCAAAUGUACAGCCAGACUCUGUUUCUCAUCCGGACUUGUAUGGGAGUUGGCCUGUGGAGUGCAGCUGUACGGCUGGUGCAGAAGCUCAGGGGUGUGAGGACUGCUGCGCUAAUGGCUUUGAUAACUCUGUCAUAUGUGUCACUUUAGAUGAUAGUGUGCACUCCUCUCAGGAAGACAUUAAGAAUCCAGCAAAAGAAAAAAUGAGGAAUAAAAUUCGCCUGUACAACCAAGGGUUAAUAAAAACAGAAGAACUUCUCUCUCUAAAGUCAGAUGGAUUCUGAUGCUUACAGGCAUUUUAAUCGUCGUUGUACUACUUUAUCACUAGACACCUUUAUUUCCCAGCAAAGCUCUUAAUGAUUUGUCCAGCAACUAAUAAAGCUAACAUAUGGAAUGUUAAGUUAUGAAAUAAAUAUUGUACAGUGGUCGUGUUAUUAUUUUAUAUAAAUAAAUAAGAGGAAAAUAAAUGCUUUUAUUGUUUUUAUUUGGCACAAAUAGUCUCACUACUUAUUCAUUUAUAAAUGUUUACAUGAGAAACUCAAUAAACAGAAUGUUGUCGAACAUUUCUGCUCAUUUAACAGAUUGAAAUACAGAUUUUGUAUGUAUUACAAACUCUUCAAUAACAGUUUGACAGUCUCCACUGUAUCUCUUUUGAGUUAUACCUUUCAGAAAUCCAUUUUUGGUUUAUUUGUUAAAUAUUUUAAUCAGUUAAUUUCUCUCUUUUUUAAUUUAAUGAUAAAUUAUGGCAGCUCCUUCCCUUUUUUACUUAAUAAUAUGUAUUUAUUUUGUCCUUUUUUUCAUUCACGUUUUAAUAGUUAUCAAUACACCUGACAGGUGAGUUAAUUUUUGUUUGCCUCGUGACUCAUUGAUGGGAUUAAAAAAAUAAUACGUGAAGUGGAGACACUUUUAUUUUGACAUUAUCACAUUGGCAUUAAAGUGCACUCCUCUUUGACGAUCUCCUCUCUUUUGAGUUAUAAAUUUCUGAAAUCCUGCUGUGCUUUUAUAGUUUCGAAGUUUAUUUGUUAAAUAUUUUAAUUAAUCGGUUUAUUUUACUAUUUUUAUUUUUUCUAAAUAUUACCUUACAUAUUUGAGCAAAUAUAAAGUGAACGAAGUUUCAUAUAAAAAUUUUCAUCAGAUUUACCCAGUUAAGUCACUUGUGGUACAACGUUUUAAAGUGAAUAUAGAAGAUAUUUGGGUUUUUUUGUAAAAUUUCCCCUGAGACUAUAAAUCAUUUAUUUUGGGAGUGUCCCAAAACCCAAAUAUUUUGGAAAGAGCUCAGUAGGCUACUAACAAAGAAAAGUUAAAAAGUCUGUUAACUUUGAAGAAAUUUAUGUUAUGCUAAAAUGUUUUGAAGAGUUUAAAAUAGAUGUUAAAAUAUAUUUAGAGACAAUAUCCACAAGCAAUAAAUUAAAAGCAAGAAAAACUAUAUGGUUAAGAAAUACAAUUUUCUCAUGUAAAUUGCCUUUCCUUUUUAUUUGUAUUCUCUUCCUCCUUUGUUUUUGUUUUUUUUC